AUGGCUGGGAUGGCAUUAAUGCUUAUUUUAUGCCUCUCAGCCGGGGCAAUGACAGGAGUCAGAAGUGAAGAUCCAUACCUAUUCUUCACAUGGAACGUCACCUAUGGAACUCUGUCUCCUUUGGGAGUUCCCCAGCAAGUCAUUCUCAUCAAUGAUCAAUUUCCAGGGCCUGUCAUCAACUCCACCACCAACAAUAAUCUUGUCAUCAAUGUCUUCAACAAUCUUGAUGAGCCAUUUCUUUUAACAUGGAGCGGCGUCCAGCAGAGGAAGAACUCAUGGCAAGAUGGAGUGCUGGGAACCAAUUGCCCCAUCCCUCCUGGAACCAACUACACUUAUCGUUUCCAAGUCAAGGACCAGAUUGGCAGCUUUUUUUACCACCCAAGCACAGCCUUGCACAGGGCAAGUGGAGGAUUUGGUGGCCUCCGUAUCAACAGCCGUUUGCUCAUCCCUGUUCCUUAUCCUGAUCCUGAGGAUGAUUACACUGUCAUUGUUAAUGAUUGGUAUACCAAGAGCCAUAAAACUCUCAGAAGCUACUUAGAUAAUGGAGGCUCUAUUGGCAGACCACAGGGUGUCCUCAUCAAUGGCAAAAAGGCUGAGGGCAAUGGCAAAGAUGAGCCUCUUUUUACUAUGAAGCCUGGAAAGACAUACAAGUAUAGGAUUUGCAAUGCUGGGCUUAAGACGUCCAUUAACUUCAGGAUCCAAGGCCAUACGAUGAAGCUUGUUGAGAUGGAGGGAUCCCAUGUGAUGCAAGAUGUAUAUCAGUCUCUUGAUGUGCAUGUGGGUCAGUGCAUGAGCGUGCUUGUGACAGCAAACCAGGAACCUAAAGACUAUUACAUGGUGGCUUCUACUCGAUUUAUAAAGCCUGUCCUCACAGGUAUGGGAAUCAUUAGAUACUCCAAUGGGAAGGGACCAGCAUCGGCUGAGCUUCCAGAGGCACCCGUGGGAUGGGCUUGGUCUCUCAAUCAAUUCCGUUCCUUUCGAUGGAAUCUCACAGCCAGUGCUGCCAGGCCAAACCCUCAGGGCUCUUACCAUUAUGGAUCCAUCAACAUCACCCGUACUAUUAAACUCUUUAACUCAGUAAGCAGGGCUGAUGGCAAGCUUCGUUAUGCCAUUAAUGGUGUUUCUCACACUGAUACAGAAACUCCACUGAAACUUGCUGAGUAUUACGGGAUUGCAGACAAGGUCUUCAAGUAUGACACAAUUCAGGACAACCCACCAGAAAAAAUCAACAAGAUUGUGACACAGCCUAAUGUUCUGAGCAUGACCUUCCGUAACUUUGUGGAGAUCAUCCUUGAGAAUCAUGAGAAUACAAUGCAAUCAUGGCACUUGGAUGGAUAUUCCUUCUUCACAGUAGCUGUGGAGCCUGGAACAUGGACACCUGAGAAGAGGAAGAGCUAUAAUCUUCAUGACGCAGUUAGCAGGACGACAGUGCAAGUGUUUCCAAAAUCUUGGGCAGCCAUCUUCUUGACAUUCGACAACGCUGGAAUGUGGAACAUAAGAUCUGAGUUGUGGGAGAGGAGAUACCUGGGUCAGCAACUUUACGCAAGUGUGCUUUCUCGUGCACGAUCUCUUAGAGAUGAGUACAACAUUCCUGACAAUGCUUUGCUCUGUGGGCUCGUCAAAGACUUGCCGAAGCCCCCACCUUACAAGCUAGCUCAGGUCGCUUCCUCCGAGAAGGUCAGCCGGCCGUCUGGUAAAGCUUCUUCUCGAGCUUCCAAGCCGAGCUCUCACAGCACUAAAUCGGCUCAGCCAUCUAGCCGUGGUGGGUUGAGCUCAAAGUCUACUGAACAAGUGGGACAAGGUGCUGCCCAUUCUACUGAGGAGGUGUCAAGGGGAAAGUUUAAGUCCCCUGCUGAAGACAAGGAGACCUCUGGGACGGGGAUGGAGAUCGUCCUCCUAGGGGAUCAAAGUCCAGAGGUUUCUGGUGAAAGUGCCCCUGUCCCUAUGAGGACUGAACCUGAGGGUUCUGAGGGCAUUCCAGCAAAGAUCGGAGGCAAGCGCCCAGCCUCUUCUGGAAAAUCUGCCUCUUCUCCUGUGACGGGCCUCUUUAUGGAGGUGGAUAUCCGUGAUCGCUCCCUCCGGGAGUCCGUAGAUCGCCGAAUUGAAGAGGCACGUCUGGAGGAGAAUAUAUCUGCCACCAGUGAUGCGAGGGGCAAUUUGGUAGCUGCUCGGGAGCAGAUCCAGUCCCUCCAGGUGGAAUUGCAUUCUGCGUUGGAGGCCCUCAAAAAGGCUGAAGAGAAAACAGCCGAGACGGCAAAGCAUACCUCGUCCUUAGAAGAUGAGUUGUCUCGGACGCGCAAUGUUCUCCAGGAGGCUGAUGAGAGGGCAGCUACCUUGGAGGUUCGCUGUAGAGGAGUGCUAGAGCAGCUGUCCUCUAUGACAGAGGCUCUCAAGAAGAGAGAUGAGGCCGUUACCAGAAAGCUGAAGUCCAGCGCCAAUUUGAUGCCUUAA